GGAACUGCGACAUAUGCAGCCUCUAAUUCCCCCCUCCCCAGUUUGCGUGGAGCAGCUGAUUUCACCUGAAACCUGUUUGUGAGUCUGAUCACUCUCAUAUUUUCGACCCAAAGCCGGAUCCGGACUGAGAAGGAUAUCUUUUCCCCGAAUAAUCUCACAGGCUGACUGGAUGAGAAGACUAUGAGCUGACUCAUUCCACUUAUUCUCUUCUUCUUCUCCUGAGCUGGAACAGAUUUGGGUUUUGUCGGUGGAGGAUUCCUGUCACCACAUCCUGUAACAACGGUGGUCGCACAGACAGAAACCCUCGAGCUGUGCAGGCUGGAAGCACAUUCACGCUGUCAUGGAUCUAAAAGACUAUUACCUGUUGGGCACCCUGCUCGCCUGCAUAUGGCUCGAUCCCUCAAUAGCCCAAGAGCUUAUCUACCCCAUCAGAGAGGAGUUGCAGGAGAAUGUCCUCAUUGGAAACAUACCAAAGGACCUAAACAUUUCCCACACAAAUGCUGCCACCGGAACAAGUGCUAAUCUCGUGUACCGGCUCGUCUCCAAAGCGGGAGACAACCCUCUGGUGCGUGUUCUGAGCAGCACCGGUGAGAUAUUCACAACGUCGAACCGAAUCGACAGAGAGAAGUUGUGCCCCGGCCCCUCGUUUGAGGACAGCGAGUGCUCCUUUGAAAUUGAAGUGGUCAUUCUGCCUAAUGAUUACUUCAGGCUGAUUAAGAUCAAAAUAGUUGUCAAAGACACUAACGACAAUGCCCCCAUGUUCCCGUCCCCUGUGAUCAACAUCUCCAUCCCGGAGAACACGCUCAUUAACAGCCGCUUUGCCAUUCCCUCUGCCACCGAUCCAGACACUGGCCCCAACAGUGUCCACAAAUAUGAGCUGAUCAACGGGCAGAGCGCCUUCGGCUUAGACAUAGUGGAAACGCCUGAGGGGGAGAAGUGGCCCCAGCUCAUUGUGCAGCAGAAUCUGGACAGAGAGCAGAAAGACACAUACGUGAUGAAGAUCAAAGUGGAGGAUGGUGGGAAUCCGCAGAAAUCCAGCACUGCUAUUUUACAAGUCACAGUGACGGAUGUGAAUGACAAUAAACCGGUAUUUAAAGAGAAUCAGAUAGAGGUGCACAUAGCAGAGAACUCCCCUAUCGGCACAUCUGUCGUUCAGCUUCUGGCCACAGACGCGGACAUAGGAGCAAAUGCAGAGAUACGUUAUGUGUUCGGGACGCAGGUGUCUCCCGCCACGAAAAGACUCUUUGCAUUAAACACCACAUCUGGCCUAAUUACCGUGCAGAGGCCCCUGGACAGAGAGGAAACGGCUAUCCAUAAGCUCUCUGUUUUAGCCAGCGAUGGCAGCUCCAGUCCUGCCAGAGCUACUCUUACUAUCAAUGUAACUGAUGUCAAUGACAACCCGCCCAAUAUAGACCUGAGGUACAUAAUCAGUCCCAUUAAUGGCACUGUUUUCCUCUCGGAGAAGGAUCCUAUCAACACCAAGAUAGCACUGAUCACAGUGUCAGAUAAAGACACCGACAUCAACGGCAAGGUCAUUUGUUUCAUCGAGAAGGACGUGCCCUUCCAUCUCAAAGCAGUGUACGACAACCAGUAUCUGUUGGAGACAUCUGCACUGCUUGACUAUGAGGGGACAAAGGAAUACAACUUUAAAAUUGUGGCCUCUGACUCUGGCAAACCGAGCUUGAAUCAGACUGCGUUGGUGCGAGUGAGGCUGGAGGAUGAGAAUGACAACCCACCCAUUUUUACACAGCCAGUUAUUGAGCUGGCUGUGAUGGAAAACAACAAGCGUGACUUGUUCCUCACGACGCUCAGCGCCACAGACGAGGACAGUGGGAAGAACGCGGAGAUAGUUUAUCAGCUGGGGCCUAACGCGUCGUUCUUCGAUCUCGACCGCAAGACAGGGGUCCUGACUGCAUCCAGGGUGUUUGACCGCGAGGAUCAGGACAGGUUUCUUUUCACUGUAACAGCGAGAGAUAACGGGACGCCCCCUCUGCAAACUCAGGCGGCUGUUAUUGUGACUGUGCUGGAUGAAAAUGACAACAAUCCCAAGUUCACACAUAACCACUUUCAGUUUUUUGUGUCGGAGAACCUUCCUAAGUACAGCACCGUGGGGGUAAUAACUGUGACAGAUUCCGAUGCAGGGGAAAAUGCCGCUGUUUCACUCUCCAUACUGAAUGACAAUGAGAACUUUAUACUGGAUCCGUACUCUGGGGUGAUAAAAUCUAAUGUGUCAUUUGAUAGGGAGCAACAGAGCUCCUACACUUUCGACGUCAGGGCUGUGGACAGUGGCAGGCCUCCUUGCUCCUCAGCUGCCAAGGUGACCAUCAAUGUCAUCGACGUGAACGACAACCCCCCCAUUGUCAUCUACCCCCCCUCGAACACGUCUUUCAAGCUCGUUCCUCUCUCCUCUAUCCCAGGAUCUGUAGUAGCAGAAGUGUUUGCGGUGGAUGGGGAUACAGGGAUGAACGCAGAGCUCAAGUACACAAUCGUGAGUGGAAACAACAAGGGUUUGUUCAGAAUUGACCCCGUCACUGGCAAUAUUACUCUGGAGGAAAAACCUUUAGUGACUGACAUAGGCUUACACAGAUUAGUGGUCAAUAUCAGUGACCUGGGAUAUCCUAAAUCUCUCCAUACUCUGGUGCUGGUAUUUCUCUAUGUCAAUGACACUGUGGGAAACUCAACUCUCAUUUAUGAUCUCAUCCGACGCACCAUGGAGACCCCGAUUGACCGGAACAUCGGCGAAAGCAGUGAAACUUAUCAAAGUGGGGACUAUUUGACCAUAAUGAUAGCCUUCGUCACUGGCGCAUUUGUGGUGAUUAUUGUCAUCUUCGUGACGGUGCUGCUGCGCUGCCGCCACGCUUCCAGGUUCAAAGCUGCGCAGAGGAAAAAACAGGGAGCGGAGUGGAUGUCCCCCAACACUGAGAACAAGCAGAACAAGAAGAAAAAGCGCAAGAAAAGGAAGUCUCCCAAAAGUUCCCUGCUCAACUUUGUCACCAUUGAGGGAAACAAACCCGACGACCCCGCCCACGAGCCAAUUAACGGAACCAUCAGCUUGCCGACGGAGCUGGAGGAGCAAGGGAUUGGACGAUUUGAUUGGAAUGCCACACCUACCACGACCUUCAAACCCAACAGUCCCGACCUGGCCCGGCACUACAAGUCCGCCUCACCGCAGUCGGCCUUCCACGUCAAAGCCGACACGCCGGUUUCGGUGAAGAAGCAUCACGUGAUUCAGGAGCUCCCUUUGGAUAACACAUUUGUUGGAGGCUGUGACACCCUUUCCAAGCGGUCAUCCACGAGCUCCGACCACUUCAGUGCCUCGGAGUGCAGCUCCCAAGGAGGGUUCAAGACGAAGGCCCCCAUGCUCACCAGACAGCAGGGGACAUUAACUCGUGCCCGAACUGAACUGAACCCUGAGUAUCUGGACCUUCGUCCACGAGCUGAGCUGAACCCCGAAUACUGGACCCCUUGCACCCCUUUAUCGCAGCGGCGCGUCACGUUUCACCUGCCGGACGGCUCUCAGGAGAGCUGCAGUGACAGCGGUCUGGGCGACCACGAGCCUGCAGGCAGUGGCUCCCUGCUCACACAACCUCUCCCUCUGGUGCAGGCGCAGGACGACUUCUACGAGCAGGCCUCCCCUGAUAAGAGGACUGAAGCUGACGGCAACUCCGAUCCCAACUCUGAUGGCCCCCUCGGACCUCGAGGACUGGUGGAAGCCACGGAGAUGUGCACACAGGAGUGCCUCGUCCUGGGACACUCCGACAACUGCUGGAUGCCCCCGACACUGGGAACCUACCAGCAGCCCAAGUCCCACGUGUCCAGCUUCGGCUCUCAGAGGGAGUGGGGUCCCAAGGACAAACUUCUCAAUGGACAUACUCUGACCAGAGGCUGGAAAAAUGAGAGUGGGCGAUCAGAGCAUUUUGGUGACAGGAAGCAGUUUGGGAGUGGGGAGGGACACUUCACUAGCACUGGCAUGGCUGAUAUUCCACUGGUGAGCCUGAAGUCCUGCCAGCCGGCCUCCUGCCCGGACAGCCCCAAGGACCAGCAGCUAUAAGACGGACUUUGACGAUGAGGCUAUAUUCGCCUGAGCACCUCUCUUGUUUUAGCAUCUUCUUUUCCUGUUUCAUCUCUUAAGUUGAAGCUUCUGCAGUGUGAUCGCUACGUGUGUAGGCCACAAAACUCUAGCGCUUUUGCUGUGUUCUCUACAAUUUAACUUGGCUCUACAAGAAACCCAACUUUUUUUCUUUUUUUUUUUUCCACGAACCUUUGUGACUUUCUUCAGUGACACGCUGUCCCAUUCUCUGUCCACUUCAUGUGAUUUGGAUAGAUGGAGAACGGACGGAGUGGAAAAUGGAGAAGAAGAAAAACAAAAUUUCAAGAAAGAAAAAAAAAACUGCCAUGGCUGACCAAUAUAUACAAAUAUUUGUGGUGUGGUUGUUAUCGAGUUGUCUGGGACUAUAUUAAUCAACACAAUCAAAGAAAAUGGAGUUGUUCUAAUGACACCGUUAGUGGACACUUGUUUAUUCUGUCAUUGUCUGUGUGUUUGUAAAUAAGACUUAUUAAUCACUAUCAUGUAUCCGUAAUAACCACAGUGAAUAGGACAGUAAUUGGCUGUUUGUUUUCAUAAUGGCUCAUCAUCGCGAUUUGAGACUAUGACUGGACAAUGGCCUAUAAUGUGGCGUCACGUAAAACACUAAAAUAAGUCUUCACACAUGGGAGCGUAUUGUAUUCACCUGGAAAAAUGAAAAAAAAGCUCCUUUUUUUAAUAAGAUAAUUUCACUCAGUCAUCUUCUCCCGCUUUACCCUCCACAUGAGGGUCGUGGGACAGGUGCAAGAUAAUUUUCCCGCAAAAAAAUCAUCAAAUUUGGCUUUGAUUUCCAGAAUGAACAAGAUUUCAGUUAUUCUUCUUAUUUAAGUGUUUUUUUAAGGAAAAAAUCUCUCCUGCAUUCAGACAAAAAAACAAGCUUAUCUAUUUUUAUAGGUGAAUGCAAUAAUGCUUCCAUAUUUACAAAACAUAGAGUUGAUUUUAAACUGAUUCGCCAUUCCGUACUAUACUAAUUGUUGCACAUAUUCCACUCUUCUUUUCCUCUAAGUACGGCAAAAUCACCCCCCCCCCUUUUUUUUUUUACAAAAAACAAAACUACAUUUUGUAUGAAGGAUGUCAGUGCUCAAUAUGUGCAUUCUAAAAAUGAAAAGCUCACAAAGCUCUCCUCUAUAAACUGAUUUUAAAAAGUGUUCAGUACAAUUAAAUAGCAAUAUAUUUGUAAAUGGCUAAAUGUUUUAUCUAAUGUCGAUCUUAUCAAUGUAUAGAUUUUAUUCAAAAUCGUGAUUUAACCGAGUGCAAUCCCUCAUGGUAUGUAUAUAUUAUUUCCACGUGGAUUAUUCUUCUCCAUCUAUGUAAGGAAACACAGGUUAGGGUGACACUUUAAUCACUGUGCCUUCAUGAGGUUUCGUAAAAAAAAACUGAUUUAUUCUCAUUUGAACAUGCAAAGAAUAUCCUGUGUGGCGGUGGAAUGCCUCAUGCAUUGAAUGUUUGCCAAAAUCCGGAGAGGAAA